UCCACCCCGUUACCCGCAGGCAGGGGAGUGACGAUGGAUCUGAUGCAGCGGCAGGUAAACGAGUCCUGGAGGGCGACAGUCGAGCAACGGGAGCAGAGGAGAGGGCUGCCCGGGAGAGGCACUGAACCCCGUCCCUUGGCCGGGGAGGGUCCACAGGACGAUGAGGACGAGAUGCCGCGGCAGGGGACAUCAGUUUUCCCCACGGGCCUGUCGGGAAGGAGCCAAAUGCCUGGGGAGGGAGAAUUUCGGGCAAAGUUCAACGGGGACCCCAAACAGCUGUCUUAUUUCAUUACAAACGACGUGAGAGUUCUCUGGAGCCACCCCUGCCGUGAUGGGAAACGAACCAGCUUCUAGUCGAUAUUAAGGCAUUUGGAAACCAAAGUGCAGGAAGGAAACCAGUCCUCUAGGAAAAAGGAUUCCUCUCAAGGGGCUGAUCCUGCUGAAUUCCUACAUUCACUUUGGAUUCUAGAGUAGAACCAUAGAGUCGGAAGAGACUGCAUGAGGCACCCAGUCCAGGCCUCUGCCAUGCAGGAAAAGCGCAAAGUACCCUGGACAGAUGAGCAUCUGGCCUCUGUUUAAAGGAUUCCAAAGGAGCCUCCACUACACUUUGAGGCAGAGAGUUCCACUGCUGAACAGCUCUAACAGUCAGGAAAUUCUUAAUGUUCAGAUGGAAUCUACUUUCCUGUAAUUUGAACCCACUGCUGUGAGUAAUCAGAAAGGGAAAAACAAGAAUCAAGUGUCCUUAUUGGAAUUAAAUGUACAUAGCACUGUUGACAUGGAGGAGAAAGCAUAUAAAUGUAUCGAAUGUGGAAAGAGCUUUAGUCAGCAUGGAAAGCUGAAGAGACAUCAAAGGACUCACACUGGGGAGAAACCCUAUAACUGCCUGGAGUGUGGACAGAGCUUCACUCAGAAGGGAAGCUUACAUAGACAUCAAAGGACUCACACUGGGGAGAAACCCUAUAAAUGCCUGGAGUGUGGACAGAGCUUCACUCAGAAGGGACACUUACAUAGACAUCAAAGGACUCACACUGGGGAGAAACCCUAUAAAUGCCUGGAGUGUGGACAGAGCUUCACUCAUAGUUCAGGUCUACGUUCACAUCAAAGGACUCACACUGGGGAGAAACCUUAUAACUGCCUGGAGUGUGGACAGAGCUUUGCUCAUAGUUCAGGUCUACGUUCACAUCAAAGGACUCACACUGGGGAGAAACCUUAUAACUGCCUGGAGUGUGGACAAAGCUUCACUCAUAGUUCAGGCCUACGUAGACAUCAAAGGACUCACACUGGGGAGAAACCCUAUAACUGCCUGGAAUGUGGACAGAGCUUUGCUAAUAGUUCAGGACUACGUUCACAUCAAAGGACUCACACUGGGGAGAAACCCUAUAACUGCCUGGAGUGUGGACAGAGCUUUGCUGAUAGUACAGGACUACGUUCACAUCAAAGGACCCACACUGGGGAGAAGCCCUAUAAAUGCCUGGAGUGUGGACAGAGCUUCUCUCAUAAUUCACAUCUACAUAGACAUCAAAGGACCCACACUGGGGAGAAACCCUAUAACUGCCUGGAGUGUGGACAGAGCUUCACUCAGAGUUCAGUACUACGUUCACAUCAAAGGACCCACACUGGAGAGAAACCCUAUAACUGCCUGGAGUGUGGACAGAGCUAUACUCGUAGUUCAGGACUACGUUCACAUCAAAGGACCCACACUGGAGAGAAACCCUAUAACUGCCUGGAGUGUGGACAGAGCUUCACUCAGAGUUCAGGACUACGUUCACAUCAAAGGACCCACACUGGAGAGAAACCCUAUAACUGCCUGGAGUGUGGACAGAGCUAUACUCGUAGUUCAGGACUACGUUCACAUCAAAGGACCCACACUGGAGAGAAACCCUAUAACUGCCUGGAGUGUGGACAGAGCUAUACUCGUAGUUCAGGAUUACGUUCACAUCAAAGGACCCACACUGGAGAGAAACCCUAUAAAUGCCUGGAGUGUGGACAGAGCUUCACUCAGAGUUCAGGACUACGUUCACAUCAAAGGACCCACACUGGAGAGAAACCCUAUAAAUGCCUGGAGUGUGGACAGAGCUUUACUCGAAGUUCAGGACUAUGUUCCCAUCAAAGGACUCACGCUGGGAAGAAACCAUAGAAAUGCAUGGAGUGUGGACAGAGCUUUUCAUGGAAUAGACAUCAAUUUGAGUUUAGCAUAUUCUAAUAAUUGUAUAUUUAUUUCCUUUCUUAGUUUAAUAAAAUUAUUAGUAUCUAAA